CUCAUUAAAUAAGAGUAAGAAGUAUGAAUAGAAGUAGAGCAAACAUUAGAAAGCUAACAUCUUUACCUAUUUAACUCCCCCGGUUUAAAUUUCUGUAUCCCAGGUAAUCCGGAAGACUAUGCUGUUCUUUCAGACAAUCAAACAUUUUUUAACAUGACUUUUUUUUCAAGUCGUACUUUGGGAUACUUCAUCAAAGAAUUCCAUUUUUUUCUACUGAAAUAGAUAAUUUUCAAUCCAUCCAAUCAAUCAUGACCAAGAAGAGGAAGCUUUUCUAUUAUGCUGUGCGGAAAGGCUACAAUCCUGGGGUUUAUCAAUCAUGGAAAGAAUGCAAGAAUCAAAUUUCAGGUUUUCCAAAUAAUGAGUACAAAGGUUUCUCAAACUUGGUUGAGGCUGAAGAGUACUUAAAGUCACCUGGAGGGUGGAGUUUUGGUAGGGGAUGGAGUGCAGAUGCAAACUUGUUGGAAAAGAAUAGCGAUCAACAGUUUUCAGAAUUUGACUUUACAGCAGAAAGAACGAGUUUAAGAAAAUCCACUUGUGGAAAUGGCCUAUUGGUCAAUAAUAGUUCAUUGAAAGAUUUGAAAGUUUCCCAGUCAUCUGAAGUAAAAGCUGAAGACUGCUUUGAUUAUCUUCCUCUGGAGCUCAUGUGUAGGGAACCCAGUAAUCAACAGACACACGAUGCAAGAUUUUCAUCUUUUUCUGAAAUGUGUAAUCUCUUAUGUGAUAGUUUGGCAUGUGGCGUCAAUCUAUCAGAGAUCAAGAAACCUGCAUUUCUUUUACAUGAAAGGGUGCGAAGUUUGAAGAGGCAUGUUAGUCUGAUUGAUGAUGACGACGACGAUGAUGGUCAGCUGCUGGAUUUUGCAUCAGAGUCACAUUUAUAUAACUACCUUGGACUGGAAAAGGAUAAAGGUGCAACUACAAGCAUGGGUGAGAGAUAUUUUAAUAUUUCAGUUUUCAUACUAGAGAUAUUGGAAGCUAACCAAACAAAUGAGCUUAAUUGCUAA